AUGACAUGGCUUGUCCUGGUCCUCUGGGCAUCCCUGCUGUCUGUGGAGCUUGCUCGAGGCAUGGAUGUCAGCAAGGUAUCAGACCGAAACCUGACCUGCUUCCAGUGCUUCAAUGUUCAGCGAGAAACCCAGUGUCACCCCAUAGAGUGUCAACCCAAUGAAAAAGUCUGUGUGAGCAGAAAGGUUCUCCUUUACACAAGUGUAAACGGAAGAACUCAGAUCAGCAAGCGCUGUGCCACCACUUGUCCCAGCUCCAGUGAUUUCAAUCAGUUGUCAUUUAGCAGUAUUCAGGACAGGAUCAUCAGAAAAUGCUGUUCAACAGAUCGCUGCAACAGAGCACCUGGGAGUUGGGAGGGGUUCUGGUCCAUACUAGGGAGGCUCCUCCUGCCAAUGGGUCUGAGUCUCUUUUGCACCCUGUUGUGA